AUGGCCGCGGCGAACGGAGUUGCCGGCGCGGGGCUGUUCAGCGAGGAGGAGCUGCGGGAGGUUAGCGGGGUGCGCUGGGGGGAGGACUUCGUCGAGGUGACGUGCGGAUGCACCAGCCACCGCUACGGCGACGCCGUCGGCCGCCUUCGCGUCUGCGCGUCCGGCGACCUGGAGAUCAACUGCGAGUGCACGCCCGGCUGCCGCGAAGACAAGCUGACACCUGCUGCCUUUGAGAAGCACUCUGGAAAGGAGACAGCUGGAAAGUGGAGGAACACUGUCUGGGUAAUGGUUCAGGGAGAAAAAGUGCCAUUGUCAAAGACAGCUCUGCUCAAAUACUACUACUUGGCGCACAAAUCUGGCAAUGGUUCUCACAAAGGUCGUAAUGGACGUCCAUCUCACCGUGAUGAGUUCAUCUGCUGCACAAGAUGUGGUAAGGAGAGGAGAUUUCGGCUCCGGUCAAAAGAAGAGUGCCGUGUUUACCAUGAUGCUCUCGCCAAAGUAAACUGGACAUGCGCAGAUUUAACAACUGAUAGGGUCACCUGCGACGACGAAGAGGAGCGUGCAAGCCGUAAGGUCCUGCGAGGCUGCUCCCGCGCACCGUCCUGCACCGGCUGCAUGAAGUGCGUCUGCUUCGGCUGCGAGACCUGCCGCUUCAAGGACUGCGACUGCCAGACCUGCGUCGACUUCUACCGCAACUCCAAGGAAUAA